AUGAGUGGCAGAUACGCUGGUUCACGCCGACUAUUGAGGUUUAAUUGUGCGGACACGCGACACUGGCCAGCGCGCACCGCCUGUGGGAGUCCAGCCAAGCCGAUACUGCAAAACCUAUCAGAUUCCAUAGUGUACACUCGGGUCGCCCGCUGCGAACAAAAGUUCGAUGAGCUUAUCAUUACGUUGGACUUCCCUAUAGAUGUUGUCAAGCCUCUCGAUGACCUAUCGGAGUCGUACCGCAAUUUCAUCAUAGAGGCUCUUGGCCUUAGAGAUUGGCAAGUGGCGAAUAACAAGUCUCCGGUGAUUAGAGUGGCCGACUCUGGCAAACAAAUUGCCGAGAUUAGGUCUGAGGCAUUCUCCAGUAUCGAACCACAAUACGCUCAUUUCACGAGCAGGGGUUUCGCUCCAAAUCGAGGCGUGCCUGAAGAUCCAGUGACGGGCUCUGCUCACUGUGCCUUAGCUUCCUUCUGGCGGGAGUACCUACAAUGGAAGACUACGCCAACGACGAAGACUGGCGCGUCAUCCGACAUGAUCGAGAUGAUUGCUUAUCAGUCCAGCAAACGCGGAGGCGAUCUCACACUGCACGUCAGCCCGGAUAAGCAUGACGACGAACGCAUAUACUUGUCGGGUGUUGCUCUAUCACAGUUGCAGGGGUCCAUAUUGUGA